UGAACCCUCUGGUUUUUUGCAGGCCCAGCUGAGAGCCUUCAUCCCCGAAAUGCUGAAAUAUUCCACGGGUCGUGGCAAGCCAGGCUGGGGCAAGGAGAGCUGCAAACCCAUCUGGUGGCCCGAGGACAUCCCAUGGGCCAACGUCCGCAGCGACGUCCGCACCGAGGAGCAGAAACAGAGGGUGUCCUGGACGCAGGCCCUGCGCACCAUUGUCAAGAAUUGCUACAAGCAGCACGGCCGUGAGGAUCUGCUGUACGCUUUUGAGGACCAGCAGGCACCACAGACCACCACCACGCACAGCAUCGCCCACCUGGUGCCAUCACAGACCGUGGUGCAGACCUUCAGCAACCCCGAUGGCACCGUGUCCCUCAUCCAGGUUGGCACCGGUGCCACGGUGGCCACGCUGGCCGACGCCUCCGAGCUGCCCACCACGGUCACCGUGGCACAGGUCAAUUAUUCUGCCGUGGCUGAUGGAGAG